AGUUUAGAUUGAACUUGGUGUAAAUAAAAAUUUGAAUACGCAUCCCAUACAGUUAGUUGACGAGGUCGAGCGAAUGAUUUUGUAUCGUUAAACAUCAAUUGACGUCAAUCAGUUGAAACCAAAAAUCGGCUAUAGCUAACAAAACAUUUUUUAUUCAUGUUUACCCGGUGUCAACACUAAGCUCGUAAUGAUCCUCAUCUAUUAUUUUAGGAACACUGAGUCGCUAUAAAAUUCUCCCAAGCUGAGCUUGCAUAAGGUGUCUCACUGUCUCUCUUCCACAAUUUUUUGGCUCUUUUUGGAUGAUAUCAACGAAUAAUCAACAUUACCGUUCCCUAGAGUGACCCAUUCAUCUAUAAACAACUGUCGAAUCAACACAAAUCUACUUAAAGCUCACCCCUCGCAACGGUCCCUAGCUUGUGUUAUGUUGUCCAUGUUUUAACGACCUUCGCGAAGCAACGCGAAAACUUUACCCAAAGCAGCCUCAUCAGAGCGCCGAAAAACUCGCGGACAGUCGCGCGGUUCAAUCCGCCCAGUUAACACACAAAGGUUAAAAUGGACCUCCCGAAAGAGUCAGAUCUCUCGACUCAACAGUCGGAAUCGUCGUCGGUAGUGCAAAUUGUGACGCAGAUCUUUAUCGUGAUUUUGGAUUUUCUGAGAGUGCUUUUUUUUAGUGUGCCAAUUUUAUUCAAAGCCUUUCUGAACUUGCUGAUCCCCAGAAAGUCGAAGAACGUGUCCGGCCAGCUGGCUUUGAUAACUGGUGGAGCAAACGGAUUGGGCCGAGAAAUUGCACUUCAACUAGCCAAACGAGGGUGUAACAUCGUUAUUGUGGACGUUGAUCUUAAGUCCGCGGAAAACACCUGCGCCGAUUUAAGAGAGAAGGGUGUCAAAGCUUAUUGCUACCGAGUGGAUGUGUCUUCCUUUGAGCAGGUCAAAAGCCUUGCAACGAUCGUCUACCAGGACAUCGGCCCAGUCGAUAUUCUGGUCAACAAUGCCGGUCUGAUACAUUUCACGUUUUUGCAAGAUAGCUCAGAACAAGAUGUGAAUAGACUCAUCGAUGUGAACGUCAAGUCGUACAUUUGGACGACCAAGGUGUUCCUGGAGAAGAUGAUGGACCGCAAGUGGGGCCACAUUGUGGCCAUUUCUUCCAUGUCCGGAAUGUACGCGUUCCCGUGGGCCGUGGUCUACUCGACCUCCAAGUACGCCGUCAACGGGUUCAUGGCCGCUGUUACAGAGCAGCUUCGGCUGCAGGGCUUCAGCGACAAAAUCCAGACGACCUGCGUGUGCCCGUACUACAUUGCUACGCGAAAGGACAUUGUCGAGUUCCUCAAAAAGCCGCGGUUCAAGCUUUUAACCACCGAACACACGGCCCGUGUAAUUGCCAAGGGAAUUUUGCGAAACGAGGUGACCAUUGCAAUUCCGCCGUUCUUCGAUCUCGGUGUUAAGAUUAUGCAGCUGUUUCCAGUUAAAGUCCAGCAACUCGUACGAGAUUAUAUUAUAAGAGAAUAUGAGUUAAAUUCGACGCAGUGAGAUAAUGGAUUUUCUGUCUUUUUGUAGAUUGAAUAAAAGGAUGAUCGAUGAUCUUUUAAAAGUU